AUUUUAAUUUUUUCCCUCUCAUUUCAAACCCUUUCUCUCUCUCUCUCUCUUUCUCUUUAAACGCUUUUCACCUUCCCUCCUAUUCUUCCUCCUUUCAAAACCCUAACUCCCACACCAAUUUUUUUUCCCUAAUUUAAAACCCCAACGCUUUCCUCACCAAAAUCGUGCCUAAUUUUUCAACCUCGUCGCUGAAUUCAAUGUGUCUCUCACUGCCUUCGCCCGCUGACGCCGCAGGGGAGCCGGUGGAUGCUCCUCCCGCACCGAAUCUCUUUCUCCAAACCCUAGAAAACGCCGAAUCGGCCGCUGAUUUUGACGGAUAUUCCGGUGUGUCGCCGGCCGACGGCGCUUCCGUUCUUUCGGCGGGUUCUGGUCAGGGCGGCGUGUCUUCGCCGGUGCGGCAGCUCAACGACGGCUCGUCUUCGCGGUGGUCGCAUGACUUGGCUUUGAAUUCCGCGGUGGCGCCGGAAGCGUGGAGUGCUCCCCAAGAAAACUGGCUCUUACCUGCAAACGACGGUCCAGUGGGCGGAGAAUCCGCCUCUGAAGUUGUGCCUACCAAGAUGGGAGCUGGGCUUUCAAAUCUUGGCAACACGUGCUUUCUUAAUUCUAUCCUGCAAUGUUUUACGCACACGGUGCCUCUAGUGCAGGGUCUUCGUUCCUGCAUUCAUUCUUCUCCUUGUGAUGGUUAUAUGGAUGGGUUCUGUGUUAUUUGUGCUCUUCGAGACCAGGUUGAAAGUUCCUUAGCGGCUUCAGGAAGGACUCUUUCACCUUUGAAAUUUGUGGACAAUUUGAACUAUUUUUCCUCUGCAUUUGGAAGAUACCAGCAAGAGGAUGCCCAUGAGUUUAUGCAGUGUGCCUUGGAUAAACUGGAAAGAGGUUUCCUAGAUUUGAGGAAGAAUAAUUUAAAUUUUGAGGGUGAUAAUCUUGUAGAGAAAGUAUUUGGAGGUCGUCUCAUUAGCAAACUUCAAUGCUGUCGCUGUGGCCACACUUCUGAUACUUAUGAGCCAUUGAUUGAUAUGAGUUUAGAGAUAGAAAAUGUAGAUUGUCUUCCAAGUGCUCUGGAAUCUUUUACUAAGGUGGAAAACAUUGAUGCAAACAUUAGAUGUGAUAACUGCAAGGAAGAAGUGUCCAUGGAGAAGCAGCUUAUGUUGGAUCAGACGCCAUCAGUUGCAGCAUUUCAUCUGAAGAGAUUCAAGACAGAUGGUGUCCUUGUUGAAAAGAUUGAUAAGCAUAUUGAUUUCCCAUUGGAGUUAGACUUGCAGCCCUAUACUAUUUCUAAUCAAAACAAUGAUGUACCGUUGAAAUAUAAUUUAUAUGCCAUUGUUGUGCAUAUUGGCUUUUCGUCUACUUCAGGGCAUUAUUUCUGCUUUGUUCGCUCUGCUCCCAACACAUGGCAUAAGAUGGAUGAUUCAAUGGUUACUGAGGUCUCGGGGGAUUCUGUACUGUCUCAGGAAGCAUACAUAUUGUUUUAUGCACGAGAGGGUACUCCAUGGUUUUCGAGUAUUAUGGAAUCUCAAACACAAUGCUCGGAUCCAAAUGUUUUGAGUACAUCUCCUAAGUCUGUUUUAGACGUUGGUGACAGCAUGUGCAAAUCAAAUCCUAUUAUAAUUUCAAAUAUUGAAAGAGGUGGGGCUGGUGAAUACACUGAUUGUCCUGGGCCACAGUUUGAUUGUCAAGAAAGACAUACUAUUCUUGAAAUGAAUGACACUACAAAUUCUACUCAUGGCCGGGGAAGAUUUAUCUCUGGGUCAAAUAAUAAAAGCGUUGAUUUAAAUGGCUCUAAAAGUGUUGAUGCCCAAGUGUUGAAUAUGGAGAAUGAAAUAUUGAAUGGCAGUGACAUAUUUGAUGGAAAUUCAUAUAUGGGGAUUGGCGGUCAAGAUAAUAACUUGAACUGUCAAGAAGUUGUCGAUUUUAGAGAGAAUGAUGGUUUCCAUUCCAUAACUCCGCCCAGCUCCCCUCGUGAUGAUUCUCCAGAUCAGUUUAAUAUCUCACGUGAUCAUUUGAAGAGGGAGAAGCAUGGGAGCUGUAAAAGAGCAUCAAAUAUGUUAGCUGGGGAUUCUGAAAGACAAGCAGCCAUGAAAUAUCUCAACAAUACCAAGAUGCCUGGUUCCAGGAGAGGGGCACUUUUGCAAUUUGUUAGUCCAAAAGAAUCUGUGGACAAGAAGAGAAAACAUAUGGAUUCAUCGCAAUGUAAAAAAAGCAACUCACUUGGUGAUCGUAAAAAACCAAACCAUACAUCUGUCAGUCGCCCUGUGGCAGCUGGAAUUUCACAGUGAAUAGUCUUUUGUUGUUUUGGAGAUGUUCUGAUUUCUUUUAGUGAAAAACCUAAGCAUGUGAUCUUUUUACUAUAACUUGUCAAUACCUUCGACCGAAUUGUAUAGUUUCAAGCCUGAGUGAGAAAUGCAUGAACGUACUGGUUGUCUUGAUAUGUUCCCGUCUGCACAGAUAGAACAUAGCUAGUGAGGACAAGGAUGUAAAAAUGAUUACUUUGAUAAAUAAGACGAUCUUAAGUGAUCCUGAACA